GGAGUAUAGUCCGUUGAAAAAACUCGUGUGAACUCAGUGUUUCCGAUAUUCGUUUUCACUCGCUUUAAUUUUUCUCUUACUUCUCGGUAAAAAUGAGUGACCCGGUGGCGAAAAGCAGUGACUCGGAGUUCUGCAAUUAUCGGAGUCCUCUUUCAACUCGUUACGCGUCAAAAGAAAUGCAGUUUAACUUCAGUGAUCAAAACAAGUUCCGCACGUGGCGCUGGCUCUGGCUUCAUCUCGCCAAGGCAGAAAUGGAACUAGGGCUGAACAUCACCCCCGAUCAAAUCGCCGAAAUGGAGGCGCAUCUUGAUGACAUAGACUUCUCGGCUGCUGCAGCGGAGGAACGGAAGACCAGGCAUGAUGUCAUGGCUCAUGUUCACGUAUUCGGAAAUCAGUGCCCCAAAGCUGCCCCCAUCAUUCAUCUGGGAGCCACUAGCUGCUACGUUGGAGACAACGCUGACCUGUUGAUCCUUCGUACCGGAUUUAACCUCCUCCUCCCAAAACUCGGUGGCGUUUUGGCUCGUCUGUCUAAAUUUGCUUACGAGUAUCGGUCGCUGCCCACUCUUGGAUUUACUCACCUUCAACCAGCCCAACUGACGACGGUUGGAAAGAGAGCGAGUCUCUGGCUCCACGAUUUACUCAUGGAUGAGAGAGCUCUUCGUAGAGCGAGGGAUGACCUUAGAUUCCGCGGAGUCAAAGGAACCACAGGAACGCAGGCUUCUUUCCUUCAGCUCUUCGACGGUGACGGAGAGAAAGUAAAACAGCUCGAUCUUCUGGUCACCAAAAUGGCCGGCUUUGAGAAGUGCUAUCCGGUUACUGGUCAGACUUAUUCGAGGAAAGUCGACGCUGAAUGCAUCAACGUACUCGCCUCUCUAGGAUCCACGGUCCACAAGAUUUGCAGUGACAUUCGUUUGCUGGCAAACAUGAAGGAGGUGGAGGAACCCUUCGAGACGACGCAAAUAGGCUCGAGCGCAAUGCCUUACAAGAGGAAUCCAAUGCGGUCCGAAAGGUGUUGCAGCAUCGCCCGUCACCUGAUGACCCUGGCGAGUAACACGCUGCAAACAGCCGCAACCCAAUGGAUGGAACGGACCCUUGACGACUCUGCGAACCGGCGGAUCACCCUUGCUGAAGCCUUUCUAUCCGCGGACGCCGUUCUCAUGACCCUGCAAAACAUCACCGAAGGUCUGGUAGUUUACCCGAAAGUCAUUGCGCGACACGUCGCUCAGGAAUUACCGUUCAUGUCGACGGAGAAUGUGAUAAUGGCGAUGGUCAAGGCUGGUGGAGAUAGACAGGUUUGCCACGAGAAGAUUCGCGUCCUUUCGCAUCAGGCUGGAGCCCAGGUCAAACAGCAUGGAUUGGACAACGACUUGGUUGAAAGGAUCAGGAACGAUCCGUACUUUGCACCGAUUAUUGGACAGCUAGACGGCCUUUUGGAUCCUUCAACUUUCGUCGGGAGGGCGCCGGAGCAGGUUGAAGAGUUUUUGAACGAGGAGGUCUACCCUGUUCUCGAUACUUACGGGAAUCUCAAUCAGGCGCCGGUUACUUUGCUGAUUUAAGUCGAAACUUGAAUUUUCCAGUUUUGUCGCGCGUAUUUUUUUUUUUCUUUUUCUUUAUAAAACGGUGGGAUUCAACAUCGAUAAGACAAAAAAAACAAAGAGUAGGCAGUUGUAAUGCAUGCUUAGGUUCAAGUUUAUUGUGCGUAACAUGUUUGUAUCGAAUAUUAUCCCGUUAUACACUUAUAUUAUACAAGUGCUCGACAUUUAGCUGGAUAUAAGCAUUUAUUUUUCACACUUGUGCAUAUGUGUUGUAUGUAUAAUAUAUAUAUAGAAUUAAAUGUGCCGUUUCAAUAAUCCGAUUUGAUAUCGUAGACGUAUAUCGGGUCGAGUUUCAAUUUAAAUAUAUGAAUUGCAAUAUAAUCAAGAUGGAGAAUAAAUCGGUUUAGGUUUCUACUGAAAAAAUAUAAAUCAAUUACCUGUGA